UCGUCAGUUUAGCUCGAGUUCGGCGCGCGGCCGGUUCGUUUUCGUCGCGCGCGCGCGCGCCUCUCUCUCUCUACCUUUUCUUUCAUGAGAUCGAACGCCAACGCUAUACGAUAAUCCUCGCCGGCCGAAAGUGUCCAAGAAUUUAUCACGUAAUCGUACCCGGCGUACAGUACAAACAUCGAGAAAAACGAAGAGCGGCGUCGAAUUUGAUCGAUAAAGUUUCGCGUCCUUUCGACCUCCGAUAGAUAAUAUACAUAUAUAACGUACGUACAUUAAUAAAUAAAUAAAUAAAUAUUAACAUGUUUGAUCUCGAGUAGAAAAAAAGGAAGAAGAAAACAGUGCGUAGCAGGUCGUGUAAAAGGAAAAUAAGAGUAAGAAAAAUUCGAGGAAUUUCGAAGGGCAAAACAGCCCUCUCGAUCGAAAGGACAUGUCGCGACUCGAGUGUCGAUAAACAGUACGCAUUUCGGUGCUUGUGUGGUCCCAUUUGUGAGAUUGGUGAGAUCGCUAGUGAACUGUGAUUAACGCUGUUAAUUCUUUACGAAGACGAAUCGAAAACUUCUCGACGCCUGCACUAAUUCAUCAGUGACUCCCUAAGCUCCGUAUCAAGAAAGAAAGGGUUCCUUUUUUUGUACUCAUGUUGGGAGUGCUCAAGCGGCGCUGGAAGCCUUCGAAAAGGGCUUCCAGUGGCCGCGGAACCGAUUCGCCCCUCAACUCAGACUUGGCACUGGACAAACCUCGGCCAAUACCGUCCCCCCGACAAAUCCACCCUCUCUACGGAGAGAAGGCCGGGCUCUUGGGCUAUUGCGAUACCGUCGGUAACACAGAAAACUUUCCACCAGCCCCCAAUAUUGUCGUAGAGGGUGGAAGAAUAGAAUUCGUGCGCCCCUCGCAAGAUGGCACGACGAUAUCACGAAGAAACACGAUGUCCCGAGGGUCACAAACUUUCAACGAUCAAUCGGAAAAGUCUGAUCCUGCGAAGGAGAGCCUCGAGGAGCGAGUUCACGAAUUGGAACGGGCGCUGCAAGCGGAACGACUCGUCUCUCAACGAGAUCGCGCAACGAUCACGAAACUUCAACGACAAAUUAACAAGAGGGAGGCUACACAACGAGAUGUGGAACGAGAACGACGACAACGAUUGGAGGCUGAAGCUCGGCUACGCGAAGCUACGGCUGAAGCAGAACGAGCACGAUCAAGGGUACAUCAUCUUCAAAGGGAAUUGGCCAGGAUGGAAGAAUCAUCCCGUGGAUUGUUGCAACACAAGCAAAGGGCCGAACAGUUGAAGCAAGAAAAGACUGCGCUCACACUAUCCUACGAGGCACGGGUUCAUCAGUACCAGGUUCAGAUCUCAAAGUUACAAUUGGAAAACGAGUCGAUGCGCGGUCAAUUGCGUGGCUUGGAAGCUGCGUGCGCUGGGGAGGUGCAUGCUGCAUUGGUAGCACGUUUGGCGACCUUGGAAAGUGAACACGCAGCCCUGGCACGUGACGCCGACGCUCAGCGUCGCCAGUACGAGCGGUGUCUCGACGACGUCGCCAACCAGGUGGUCCGCGCCCUUCUAUCUCAAAAGGGUUUCAGGGAAGAGAUCGGUGCGCUACAAAGGCGCAUACGAGAACUCGAAGCUCAAAAUCGAGCUCUCUCGGGUCUCCUGGCUCAAGCAGCGAGUCCCGGAAGUCCUACUGAACUGAUUCAAAGUAUACUCGAAGCUGGACCGGCCGCUUUAGUAGCUGCUCUUAGCCUGGAUCCAUCCUGGGUUCCUCUUUCCAGACCACGCUCCCUUAAUCUACAAAUACCCGUAAUGGCGGCUGCGACAAAAUGUCGACGAAACAGACCCACUCUAGGUCAGAAACCUUCAACAGGUUCGGGAACAGCGUCAAAUGGUACGACAGGUGCCACGGAAGAGGAAGGUAGCGAGAGUCCUGAAAGUGGUAACAGGGAUGAAGGUUAUUCGACGAUGUCGAGCGAUGUUCAAGGCGAAGGUGCUCGUCAAGAACCUUCAUCACGUGGAUUAGAAGACCUCAAAGAGGCAACCGAUGAGACUGAAGGCGACGUUUCUCCGGAUGCACGUUUAAUCGCACUUGAUGCUGGUGAUCCAGAUGUCCUCUUCCUACCUCUCAAUUUAACGCUAGGAAUUAACCCACGGCAUAGUUAUCCACCGAGCAAAGACCUUCUACCCUAUCAGCACGUGAUGCGCAGCUUCUCGGACAGUCAUCUUUGCUUGAAACUCACAGCAACGAGCAAUUUCACGCCGUACAAAUUACCGAGCCCCAUGGGAUCCUCCUCCCUUCUUCUCGUCGAAGAAGAGGGCUGGGAUGCCGAGUACGUACAGCAAUGGCUCAGAUUGGACGAUAGCAGAAGCGCUCAACAGCAUCGAGAUUUACUCGAGUUGGAAUACGAUAGGGCGGAAUUGGAAGACUGGAGUUUUUCGUUGUCGACGGAGGAUCUCGUUCAAACAGAAUCUACAGCGUGGAAAGAAUCGAAUGCUUGUACCGCUAUGCCUGCACUCCCUGCCAUCAAAGAACACAAUCCUUUGGAACUCGAAGAGGAUGCGAACGAAUGUCUAUGGAAUGGUGCCAGCUACCUCGCCGAUAGAGCAGGGGGUGAAUUGGUCGCUCUGUUGAUGGAUACGAGGACUGCCGGACCUUGGCCGUAUGCUUCGAGCCCUGGUGCUUCAUGGAGUAGCGAGGAAGGAGUUUUAGAAAAUUCGAGUAAAAGAUCAUCGGCGGCUCUCUCCGGUUGUAGCGACGAUCCUGACUCACCCUCGAUCGGCACCGAUUUCACCAGGGACUUUUACAGAUUGGUCAAAUUCGAAAGUACCAAAAGUCUCGCGAGUACUUCCUCGAGAAGCGGUAAACCACCAACUGACAGGGAACAAGCCCUACAAAGUGUCCUAUCCUUCAUAGCCGAGCAACAAAUGUAUUUGGCAGAAUUACCGAAUAAUUCUUCGGAACAAAACGAUAUCCCUGGGCCGACCCAUUCGAUUGAAGAAAAUCCUGGAAAUAGAAGCGAAUGUGCCGUCGAAGGUUCUUCCAUUGGUACAGAAAGAUCUCCGUCGUCGCAAGAAAGUGCUAAUUCGGAAAAUAUACUUGAGGUGAACAACGAGGACGAUCCGCUCGAACAAAUAGCAGUACCUCCUUUGCCAACCGAAGAUAGAAUGCUUGGUGUUGUAGGGUCUAGCACUUUAGUAGGUGCAGUAGGUUAUACAACUGUAGCACCCACCGAAUUGGGUGCUGUUCCCGAAGAAGACGAGGAAGCGGCUACUUCUUCGACCCCUAGCACGGUUGUUAGCCCCGCGAGAGCACCUCUAUUGGUCGAAGGUAGGGACAGAUCUUUGAGCUUCCACGAGCGAGCAACGUCGAAGGACGUUAUCGACGAAUUAAAUCGAAUGAUUAGAAAAGGCGAAGAUAGUUCGGUCAAUCAAGAUCCUCAGGUUGCGCUCGAAAAAUUGGAUCUUGCUUGCUGCUGCCCAACUGGUUGGGUUCACGUUGAACGUGAUAUCGACUUCACAGAUCCUAAGGCCAGAGCAAACCUUCUAGACGUGAUGUUGGCAAGUAGCGAAAGUUCUUCGGCGACCUCGAGCAGUGGUUCCGCAGGUAGUGAUUCCGGAGAUGAACCACCGGAUUACCGACAUUUGCACAGGUUACAUCGGUACCGACGACAAAAGAAAGCAUCAGCGGCACAGGCACAACGCGUCCUAAGACCUUCCACUUGGGGAACUUCGAGGCCGUCCAUAAUCGACCGCGGGGAGGACUUUUUCGUGAGGUAUGGCGAAAAGGAACGCGAGGCAGUGGCCUCCUUUGAUUUUCUCGACGAAAUGGUCCCAUCGUCCUCAGCCUGCUCGGACAUCGCUUCCGAGCACGGUUCCGACAACAAAAUGGAUGCUAUCGAGCAGGACAACAAAAUACUCAUCUCGACUACCCAAACGAGAACGACGACGACGACGAUGACGACAACGACGACGACGACGACGAUGAUGACAAUUACUACUUCGAAUCCUCUUGAAAUCGACGAAACGACACGACCCACCGAACAACAACAACAUUCGCUCUAGAACCAGAUACGACUUUUCCACUUUUCUAUACGCUUUAUGACGCGAGAAAACGAGAGAGGUGCCGCAUACUUUUUAUCAAAUUAUCCUUUCAAACUGCGCACCUCGCAUCGUGCCUAGUCCAACGAGUUGCUGGGAUACAGAGAGGAAUGAAAGGGAAAGAACGAUAGGACCAACCUACGUAUGAUGUUUUAUGUAUGUAUGUAUGUAUGUAUGUAUGUAUGUAUGUAUGUAUGUAUGUAUGUAUGUAUACACGUAUGUACGAAUGUAUAUUCUUUCCAAUUGGGUCCGCGCUGUUUUUUUUUUUUUUUUAUU